AUGGAGAGUUUACGAGAGGAAAAUCUUUCUGAAAAAUUGAAGAACAAACAUUUGAAUGCGGAAUUGGCUCGCGAACGCAAACAAUCACAAGAACAACAACGACGACAAUCACAGCUACCUAAUCAUCAUCAAAAUACCAACCCCGAUGAUGAUGGCGAGGUGGACGAUGUGAAGACGCUGGUCAUGAUGAGACGCGCGGCAGGGAACGCGAGUACCGGAACGACGACGACGACGACGACGACACCGAAUGCAGUCCCUCGUCUUCACAACGAGCACCAAAAGAAUAAGAUUGUUGACGUGCAAACACCAACGGCGCCUAUUCCUACCACGACGACGACGACAAACGCGCUAACGCCACACGACUCGGCGCACACGACUUCAGCGCGCAUACCUAAAAUUGCAAAGAAAAAGGAGCGCACGUUUGCACCGAACGAUCCGAGAAGAGACGCGUACGCGGCGCGAGUGCCGGCUCAGACGAUUACGAACAGGGUCCCCUCUAUCGAUACUUCGGUGGACACUUCGGCAGAGGAGAAAAAGCGACAACUGAAGAAGGAAGUCGUUGAACGGGAACGAGAAGAACGUGCCUCGAAGAAAGCAAAGACGCGCGACGACAACAGCAGCGACGACGACGACGACGCUUUGGCGGUGAAGUUCCAAAAGAGACCGGCGAAGAAAGAAAAGAAGAAACAGAAGAAAGGCGAACAAACAGCAGGAGGCACGGUAAAACUUUCGGAGCAAGAGGAACAUCACUUAAAAUACGGCCACGGAAGAAGAGGCGUUCGAGUGGAUACGGUGCAAGGACCGGCGUACUUUGCUUUGGAUGACGACCAGCUUCUCGGGAUUGGAGAUAGAGUAAACGUCCAUCCGUUGACGCUGUAUUCUUUAUUUCGAUGGGACCAGCCGCCCGAAUUAUCGCUUCGUUCGAGACUCCUCCAAGGGACUCGUUUAUUUUUAGCGCCAAGCGAGGAUUGGGAAUUCGAUUACAUACGCGAAGAUGAACUGAAAGCGAUCACAAAAAUGUGCGAGAAAAUAUCCAAAGCCUCGCCAGAGUUGUGUUUCGAUGAUGCAAACGUCAGAGCUUUAAAGAAUAAAGUUCAAGAGCUAUCUAAAAACAAGGACAAGGAAUCUGCGGAUCAUUAUUUCGUAUCCCUGCCCUUUUAUCGAGCGGUUAAAGAGAUAAUAAAAAACCAGAGCGCUACGAAAGAUCAUUUAGAGCGAGCAGAGAAAAAGUUUGCGCAACUUUGGCAAGCGGCGGGAUUUUUAGAACCGGAGAGAAACGCGGCAACUGUUAGAAGCUUCGAAGAGCAAAGAAAAGCGUUUGAAGACCUCAUCCAGUGGAAUAGAGAUGGCGGUAAAUAA